CUCAUUCUCCUUCUUUCUUUACCAGUCAAGAACUAAGACGAAGAAGAAGGAACGAUCGCCUCUUUCUUCUUCAACAAAUUAGUCUCAUUCACACACACACACACUACUCUUGAAUACAUAUAUAUACCAUCACGGUUGCUCUGUUUCUCUCUGUAACUAAUUUAUAUUACAAGAAGGAUGGGGCAUAUGGGAAAAGCUUUUGAUGAUUCGAAACCAGUGAUUGUAGCGUUGGUGAUUCAAGCUGCGUAUGCUGCAAUGACUAUUCUCCUCAAAAUGGCUUCAAGUAAUGGAACCAAUCGCAGAAUUCUCGUUGCCUAUCGUUUCAUGUUUGCCACCGUUUCUGUUGCUCCUUUUGCCUUCAUCUUUGAAAGGAAGAAGAGACCAAGCCUUACAAAGAAGAUACUCUUCCAGACUUUUCUUUGUGGCCUCUUUGGGGGAUUGCUGAAUCAAAAUCUGUACAUGGAAAGUCUGGCCUUAACAUCAGCAACUUUUGUUGCUGCCAUAACUAAUCUAAUUCCUGCCAUUACCUUUAUCUUGGCCAUUUGUUUCAGGUUAGAGGAAGUGGGACUGAAGACAUUAGCAGGGAAGGCUAAGUUGGUGGGAACAUUAGUGGGAAUUGGAGGAGCUAUGAUUCUAACUUUCUACAAAGGAGGAGAAAUCAAACUCUGGUCUGUUCAUAUUAAUAUCUUGAGCCACCAGCCGCCACCUGCCAUCCAGAAAAACCUCCACCAGCCGGCUCAAACCGUUCUCGGUUGCUCCUUGGCUGUUGCGGCUUGCGUCUCCUAUUCACUCUGGUUAAUCGUUCAGACGAAGAUGAGCACGCAGUACACCUGUCAUUAUUCAAGUACAGCUCUGAUCUCACUCAUGGGAACAAUUCAAUGCACUGUUUUUGCUUUGUGUACUGAGAGAGAUUGGAAGAAAUGGAAACUGGAUUCAGUUGGUUUAUUUGCUGCGGCGUACACGGGAAUUGUAACAUCUGGUUUGAUAGUGGCUGUGAUAGCAUGGUGUGUGGUGAAGAGAGGCCCAUUAUUUCUAACAGUUUUCAGCCCUUUAUCAGUUCUACUGGUUGCCAUUGCCGGAUCUUUGCUCUUGGAUGAGAAGCUCUACACUGGAUGUGUGAUAGGAGCUGCUCUGAUCGUGUGCGGUUUAUACAUGGUGGUAUGGGGUAAAAACAAGGAGAUGAAGAAGAAGAAGGAGAUGGAAAUGGCGUCUUCCAGAGAUCAAUCACAGCGUUUUGAUAAUCAGAUUCAGAUCGUUACAGAUUCUCAGUCUACCAAUGGAGAUUGCUCAUUACACAGCAACCCUAAUCAAUCUAAACAAGAGGAAAUUGAUAAUGACAAGGAAAAGCACGCACCAACAGCUUAAUUAAUACAAAAAAGAAGAAAAAAUAGCUGUCUUUAAGUAUUACUUUCAACUAUAGACUAGUUUAUAAAUUUUAUAAACAUAA